UGGUGCUGCUUGUGCGCUCGCUCGGUGCGGACCUGGUACCUCUUUUGUGAAGCGGCAGCUGAGAAGACUCCGGCGCUCGCCAUGGGCGACGAAAAACCCAAGGAAGGAGUCAAGACUGAGAACAACGAUCAUAUUAAUUUGAAGGUGGCGGGGCAGGAUGGUUCUGUGAUGCAGUUUAAGAUUAAGAGGCAUACACCACUUUGUAAACUAAUGAAAGCCUAUUGUGAACGACAGGGUUUGUCGAUGAGGCAGAUCAGAUUCCCAUUUGACGGGCAGCCAAUCAAUGAAACAGACACACCUGCACAGUUGGAAAUGGAGGAUGAAGAUACAAUCGAUGUGUUCCAGCAGCUGACAGGCGGUGUCUUCUGAAAAGGGAGCCUGCUACUUUACUCCAGAACUCUGUUCCUACAGACCAAGAAUACAUUCUUAAUUAGAAAACCACAAUUCGGUUCUACCGCAUCCUGACUACUA